AUGGGUUGGGUCGUGAAAUUACCCACGGGCAGUUCUGGAGUGGCAAAACCAGAGACACAAGUGCAACAUCAAUGUGUCAAUCUUUUCAAGUUGAAAGGAGAGUUCUUUCAGUACCGCAAACAGAACCAGCUAACUAAAAUCUCAAUAACCGUUGAAGCACAUCACGUUUUGCUUCCAAUUAAAUCGUCAGCGCCGAAAUCUUAA